GAUCGAUGGCGAAGAACGUGGAAGGGUUCGAAUUCGAACAGAGACACGGGAAAGAGAGAGUGAGAGUUGCUCGCGUGUGGAAAAGCAAAGAUGGUAAACGACACUUUGUUGUUGAGUGGCGUGUCAGCAUCAAUCUCCUCUCCGAUUGUGUCAACUCAUAUAUUCGUGAUGACAAUUCUGAUAUCGUUGCUACUGAUACCAUGAAGAACACUGUUUAUGCAAAAGCAAAGGAGUGUUCAGAAAUACUUUCUGCGGAGGACUUUGCUAUUCUACUUGCCAAACAUUUUACAUCAUUUUACAGGCAGGUUACCACUGCUAUUGUAAAUAUUGUGGAGAAACCGUGGGAGCGUGUUAGUGUGGAUGGUCAACCUCAUGAACAUGGUUUCAAACUUGGAUCCGAGAAGCAUACAACAGAGGCAAUAGUAAAAAAGUCUGGUGCACUACAAUUGACUUCUGGCAUUGAAGGAUUAUCACUUUUGAAGACAACCAAGUCUGGUUUUGAGGGUUUCAUAAGAGACAAGUUUACAGCACUUCCCGAAACACGUGAAAGGAUGCUUGCAACAGAAGUAACUGCUCUAUGGAGGUACACGUAUGAAUCAUUCUAUAGCAUCCCUCAGAAGCCGCUUUAUUUUACAGACAAGUAUCUGGAUGUAAAAAGAGUUCUUGUUGACACAUUUUUUGGCUCUCCAAAGGAAGGAGUCUAUAGUCCAUCUGUUCAAAGUACUCUCUACCAGAUGGGAAAGGCCACACUAAACAGGUUUCCUGACAUAGCUUCUAUUCAACUAAAGAUGCCAAAUAUUCAUUUCCUACCAGUCAAUCUCUCAAACAAGGAUGGACACAUUGUAAAGUUUGACGACGAUGUUUAUUUACCAACGGACGAGCCACACGGUUCAAUUGAAGCUAGCUUGAGCCGCACUCGGUCAAAGAUGUAGAAACUACUUUAACAUCUCAGCUCAUCCCUACUGGUCAAUUGGUGCUGCUGCUUAUACAGUGGUUUUUGUCUUAAUUUAAGAGCACGUAACAAGUAAA